UCUGAAAACUGUUUAAAGUGAAUACGAAACUGGCCAAAUCAAUGACACUCCGCAUGAUCUAAUAGAAAACAGCAACUUUCCAAAUAUGUUGCCAAAUAAGUCUGAUUCACGCCGUCGCUUGAAUGCAACUGGGUUGUCGACUGGUGAUUACAACAAGGUUAGCACCGACACCACCGAGACAGAUGGCUUUGUGAAUGAACAAUGGGUAGCGCCGAAUGUGGAGGAACCGAUACCAUGGAAGACCAUUGCAAUCAUUCUUAUAUUGUUCGUCGGUGGAACUAUAUGCAUAUGCUGUGCAACCUUAGAUUGGCUAGCAGACGUAAAUCAGGAUAGGUCGGAUCGCAUCGGGGCACUGACGAUCAUAGGCGCAUUGACUAUAAUUCCCGGCGGAUAUUAUCUCUACGUUUUAUUGUGUAUUUUAAUGCAUCGCACUGGCUACACAAUGGACGAUAUACGUCGACUGGGGUAGAGAAAAAAUUUCCACGAAAGUGUGUUAA